GGUGCUUAUAAUAGCAAUAGAAGAAGAGAGAAAGAGAUCAACAAAUCAUGAGAGAAAUGGAAGGAGGUGGUGGUGGUAGUAGAGGGAUAAUAUCACAUCCUCACUCUUUAGAAGAGUUGCAACAAUCUCAACAACAACAACAACAAAAUGGUCAACAACCUCAAUCUCAGCAACAAUAUCGUGAAUCUCAAAACGAUGAUUUCUUAGAACAAAUGCUUUCCAACAUUCCUAACUGUUCAUGGCCUCCUACACCACAUGACCUUCCUUCUCCUACUUCAAACCCUAAUAAUUCGAACCCGAACUCAAAUAUUGCUCUUAAACCCGGUGAUUCUCCUCCGGAUGAUCCGGAAUCUGCUGCUGCCGCUGCUGCUGCUGCCGUUGCAUUUCACUAUCCUUUCGACGAAGCUUCGCUUGUGUCGAAGCUUCGUCACCAACAGAUGAAUGAAGUGACGGCUAAGUCAUUAUUGCUGCAACACCAGCAACAAUUUCUUCUUUCUAGGAGAACUCCCGGAGAUUCUUCUCCCGGGAUGUUACCAUUGCCUUUGAGCCUUGGUAAUACGGAUGGUGUUGAUCAUUCGCCAUUCAAAUCUCAGGGAGUAGCAGAAGCUUCAGUUCAAGCAUUGUACAAUGGAUUUGCUGGAUCGCUUCAUGCUAAUGCGAAUCCUCCUAAUCAGCAACCAUUUCACCCACCUCCUCCUCCUCCUCAGGGAGGGAGCUUGGGCGGCGGAGGACAGAACAAUGGCGUGGUUCAAGCACCACCAGCGAGCGCGUCGACAGGCGGUAGUAGUGGUGCUGGUGCUCCUCAAAGACAGAGGGUUAGGGCUCGCAGAGGCCAGGCUACUGACCCCCAUAGCAUCGCCGAAAGACUACGGCGAGAGAGGAUUGCAGAGAGGAUGAAAGCUUUACAAGAAUUGGUUCCAAACGCUAACAAGACAGACAAGGCAUCUAUGCUUGAUGAGAUCAUCGACUAUGUCAAAUUUCUCCAACUCCAAGUCAAGGUACUAAGCAUGAGCAGAUUGGGAGGUGCAGCUGCUGUAGCUCCAUUGGUUGCUGACAUGACCUCCGAGGGUGGCGGAGUAGGCCGGAGCGGGAACGGCACCCAAACGGCGUCAGCGAACGACAGCAUGACGGUAACGGAGCAUCAAGUGGCAAAGUUAAUGGAGGAAGACAUGGGUUCGGCCAUGCAAUAUUUACAAGGGAAGGGUUUAUGUCUUAUGCCUAUUUCCUUAGCCACGGCUAUAUCCACCGCCACGUCACUAACGCGCACAUCUCUACCUCCAACUCGGCCCCAUGUUAACGGCAACAACCACCUCCUCCUCCCGUCUAUUCCGUCUAACGGCGACGGAGAGAAUAAUGGCAAUAAGGCUAACAACACUACUGACUCUACCGUUAAAGAUCCUUGCAACACUUGAUCUUCGCGUUAUUUCCUAACCCAUCAACUUACGUUUUUUUUUUUUUGUAACCAACUCUUCUUUAUCUUACUGUUACAUUUUGUUAUAAUUUAGUUGUUACAUUAUUAGUUUGUUCGAUUAAUUAUAUUAUCAUAUAGUUCAUUAAUAAUACGAAAAAAAAAGCUACUCCUUUGAAUUUA